AUGAGCGGAACUAUAUCUGGAACCGGAAAAAGGCGACUGAAAAGCCAUGAUGUGGUUGAUGAUGCCCCGAUCAAGAAGCCUAAAGCUCACGAAGAGGGUGCUUCUCAGAAUGAUGGUCUACAAGCACAGCAGAAGAGUACGGACCUAAAUACUGGGGAAGUAGACCACAAUAUAGAUGAAAUGCGUAUCCUCGCAAGGCGGCAAUACUUGGCUUCGCGGGAACAGCUAAAACUACAAGUGCUGCAACAGGAGCUUGUUUUUCUCGAGAAAGACGUUGAGAAGUAUGGAUGGGAGCAGCUCACGCAAAAGGAGAGGGACGAAAUUACCCUCAAAAGAGAACUAGUUGCCCUUGUCCAACAGCGCGAAGAUGCUGGGAAACACGGAUUCAAAUUCCAAGAUGACUAUAUUGACGAGAACGGGAGCAUUGAUUUGAACCGCAAGCAACAGCUUCUUAAGCGCAAGCCUGCUCAGAAUGGUGAGAAAGAGUCUCGGCAGAAGCUAUGGGAAGAUCAACAAAUGAAGAACGCAGUACGCGCUGCAUCAGGUGCAGAAGAAAUUUAUGUUGAAGGUUCCCAAGGCUACGAUUUUGUUUUCGAUGACGAAGCUAUGAUCGAAUUUACAGAGGAUUCUAACGAAGAUGUUCUUCCAGAAGAGCAUUCUGAGUACGAUAAUAAGCUUCUAACAGAGCUUGAAAGGGAAAACAAGCGCUUGUUGACAAUCCAGGAAACUCGCAAGUCUUUGCCUGUUUACCACUUUCGCCAAGAACUCCUCACAAGUAUUAAAGAAAAUCAGAUUUUGAUUGUAGUUGGUGAGACUGGUUCAGGAAAAACCACGCAACUGCCCCAGUAUCUCGUGGAGGAUGGAUAUACCCAGAGGGGUAGAUACCAGAUCGCGUGUACUCAACCUCGUCGUGUCGCUGCGACAUCUGUGGCCGCCAGAGUAGCAGAUGAGAUGAAUGUUGUAUUGGGCAAACAAGUUGGGUAUUCGAUCAGAUUUGAAGACAAAACAACUCCCGACACCACCAUUUUGAAAUAUAUGACGGACGGUAUGCUUUUGCGAGAGUUCAUGACCGACCCCGAGCUCAGCAAAUAUGCAUGCAUCAUGAUAGAUGAGGCACACGAAAGAACUUUAGCAACAGAUGUGCUUCUAGGACUGCUUAAAGACAUACUACCCCACCGCAAAGACCUGAAACUCAUCAUCUCGUCUGCUACCAUGAACGCCACGAAGUUUUCCAGCUUCUUUUACGAUGCACCGAUUUUCAACGUCCCGGGCAGGCGUUUCCCUGUAGAUAUACAUUACACACUGCAACCUGAGGCUAAUUAUCUCAACGCGGCAGUAACUACUAUUUUCCAAAUUCACACCACUCAAGCGCUUCCAGGUGAUAUACUAGUGUUCUUGACUGGUCAAGAGGAGAUUGAAGCUGCACAGCAAAGCUUGGAGGACAUAGCGCAUGCACUAGGUGACAAAAUCAAAGACAUGGUUAUUGCCCCGAUUUACGCCAAUCUCCCACAAGAGCAGCAGUCCAAAAUUUUUCAGAAAACACCGCAAGAUUGCCGGAAAAUUGUCCUGGCUACAAACAUUGCAGAGACUUCACUUACUAUCGACGGCAUAAAGUACGUUGUUGAUCCCGGCUUUGUUAAGGAAAACUCGUAUGUUCCUUCAACUGGCAUGUCUCAAUUAUUGACAGUGCCGUGCUCUCGCGCGUCGGUGGAUCAGCGUGCUGGCCGUGCUGGUCGUGUCGGGCCGGGCAAGUGUUUUCGAAUUUUCACGAAAUGGUCGUAUUUCCAUGAACUUGAGCCUCUACCAAAGCCAGAAAUACUGAGGACUAACUUGUCUCAAGUUGUUCUCCUACUUUUAUCUCUAGGUGUAACUGACCUCAUAAAUUUUCCGCUUCUGGACAAGCCUAGCAUUCCAGCGCUCAGCAAGGCGUUGGAGAACCUGUAUAUCCUUGGUGCGCUUAACAGUAAAGGCGUCAUAACAAGGCUAGGGCGGAUGAUGUGCGAGUUUCCUUGCGAGCCAGACUUUGGGAAGGUCAUUCACACUGCAGCUACACAUGAGAGUUGUAAGGGCGCACUCGAGGAGGUUGUGACCAUAGUUGCAAUGCUUCAUGAGACAGCUUCUAUAUUUGUGCACGCACGCGCCGAGCGUGACCAGAAUAAAACGGCGGUUGUAGGAAAGGUCUCCAGCGACCAUAUGCUUUAUUUGCGAACCUUUAACAGCUGGAGAGACAUGGACUAUUCAAAGUCUUGGUGCUUCGAUCAUAAGGUGCAAUACAAGACGAUGGUUAGAGUGCGAAACAUCAGAGAUCAACUUUGGAGAUGUUGCGAUAAACUCGGUCUGGCGGCUCUCAAUGAAAAGGCCAUGAAAUCUUUAAAUGUCGACGAAAACCUAGAACCUCGUAUUAUCAAGAGUUUUAUUGCUGGUUUCCCAACUAACGUUGCUCGUCUGAGCCCUACUGGUUAUCGAACCCUCGGGAAAAGUCAAGGUGGUGUCAAUGUUAGCAUACACCCAACAAGUACUGUUUUCCAGGCAGCUAGGCAAGACAUGAAGAAACCUUCAAAGCUCAUUCUCUACCAGCGACUCGUACUUACGUCAAAAGAAUUUAUGCGUGACUGCAUGCCAGUUCCUCGUGAAGAUUGGCUUCAAGAAAUGGUUCCACACUACUUCAACGGCGACAAUACUCAGGACUAG